AUGGAGGGCAUUGAGUGUGCAACGGAGAAGUCAUCAUCAAAGGCUUUUGGCAGCAAACGCACAUUUGUCUUUCCUGCUGUUGCUGUCAACUCUAGGUUCAAUACUGAGUUCAGUGGCGAGAACGUUGAAAAUCAUUAUCGAACUUUGAAAUCACGAUACGCUAAGAUAAAGAAAGUGAGAGAUCUCAGUGGUGCAGGUUGGGAUGAUGCCACGAAGAUUAUCACCCUUGAUCCCAUGGUUGCUUUAACCUACAUCGAGGCCCACCCGGUAGCGAAGCCUUUUAUAAACAAGCCAAUUGAACAUUAUGAGGCAUUGCGGGUUAUAUGUGGUGAGGACAAUGCAACGGGCAUUUAUGCAACUUCUGUGUUCGUUGAUUUGGGGGAUAACUUGGAACAUGAAGGCAACAUUAUCAACAACUUUGAUGAAGAACCAGUAGUAAGCGAUGAUGAUGCUGAUGCGAACUCUACCCCCACCUAUUGUGAGCAGCUUUGUCACCUCAUCUAUCCCAAGGUUAUGGAGGUUGAUGGUUUUCAAAAGAAGGAACUUGUUCAGUUGUUUGAUUUUCAGCAGUUUUGUGAGAUUGAGGCAAGAGGAUUUAUAGUGAAGGACAUGGAUCUGAGGAAGGAUUGGAUUGAAAAUUUUCUAUCCAGGAUGGAUUGA